AUGACUAUUUUAUCUCACAGCUUCCUCAUAAGUUUUAUGGUGGAUGCCCGCGGUGGGGCUAUGAGAGGAUGUCGUCAUUCCGGAAUACGAGUUAUCAUCCCACCACGCAAAGCUUCCAUGCCAACUCGUGUGACAUGCCGACUGGUGAAAAAAGAAAGAUUGUCGCAUCCACCACCACUGAUUGAAGGAGAAGGACUCGCUGCCAGAGUUAUUGAAAUGGGACCAGUUGGAACUAAAUUCCUUGGACCUAUUAUUUUAGAGGUCCCCCACUUUGCCUCUCUCCGUGGAAAAGAGAGAGAGGUCCAAAUACUACGUAGCGAUGACGGUGAAAAUUGGUAUGAACAUCCAAUGGUUGCCACAGAAGAAGCCGUCAAUGAUGCUUUAGGGGGAAGCCUCGAAGAACUAGAUCAAGAAGAUGAUCUUGCAACUAAAAGAAUAACUCGAAUUCUCACAACUGACUUCCCACAAUAUUUCGCUCUAGUUUCACGAAUUCGUCAAGAGAACCAGAACAUCGGAGAGGAAGGAAAUCUUAUUAGCUCUACAGUCGUACCACAAGUUCAAGCUGUCUUCCCAGAGGGCACUCUUACAAAGAAAAUCAGAGUUGGUCUACAGGCACAACCAAUUGCUCCAGAACUGGUUGCUAAGCUGCUUGGCAAUCGUGUGGCUGUUAGUCCAAUCGUAACUGUCGAACCAAGACGCAGAAAGUUCCACAAGCCAAUUACUCUGACAAUACCUGUGCCAGUGGCCUCACAAAAGGGAAUGAUAAAUCAGUAUGGUGGAGAGCGUCCAACAUUACGUCUGCUCUAUUCUAUAUCUGGAGAGAAAGAUCCUGCUAUAUGGGAAGAUAUAACAGAAAAUAAACCUAUGACUCUAGUGAACGAUUGUGUAUCUUUUACUACUACAGUUUCUGCAAGAUUCUGGUUGAUUGAUUGUCAGAAUGUAAAUGAAGCCACUCAAAUGGCAACAUUACUCUACAGAGAAGCCAUUACAGUACCCUACAUGGCUAAAUUUGUGGUAUUUGCUAAACGUACUGCCCAGGAAGAAGGAAAGUUAAGAAUGUUCUGUAUGACAGAUGAUAAGAUUGACAAGACAUUAGAAAAACAGGAGAGAUUUUCAGAAGUAGCUAGAAGUCGAGACAUAGAGGUGUUAGAAGGUCGACCACAAUAUAUAGAGAUGGCUGGAAAUCUCAUCCCUGUCACCAAGUCAGGAGACCAACUUCAUGUUAACUUCCGAGCAUUUAGAGAGAACAGACUGCCCUGUACUGUAAAGGUUAGAGACCUGGAUCAAGAACCAUCAGCUAGAGUUGCCUUCAUGAAAGAACCUAAAGUUGGAAGAGGAGAGGCACCACAACAACCUAUAUGUAACCUCAAUAUCUCUCUUGGAGAUACCAUUAAGUCUGAUUCCAUGGAACUGAAUACAGCUGCAGCAUUAGAAGCUAAUCAAAGACAUUUAUUAUUACGUGAGCAAGGUUUAGUUGUUAAAGAUACCAUUAAACGUGGUCAGAUGAGAUUAAGUGAUAUAGCUGAUAAUGUACGAGGUGAUUGGGUAAUACUAGCUCAACAGUUAGACAUACGUAUGACAGAUAUCAACUCCAUUAAAAAUGAAUAUAACAAUGUCAAUGAUCAAGCUCUAGCCAUGUUACAGUUAUGGGUGGAAAGAAAUAAAGAACAAGCCACAGGUAAUGUGUUAGAGAGUGCCUUACGUAAGAUCAAUCGUGAGGAUGUAGUCAAGAGCUGUAUGUAUGACAUGGAAACUGUAGAUGAUGUAGUAGAAGAAGCAGCAGCUCGUGUUGCUAUGGACCAAUCUGGUUUCGACACCUUUAAAGAAGAGGUUGGUAUUUCGAAAGACUCCAUUAAACGUGGUAUGUCUUUAGAUGUGCAAUAUGAUGAACAAGAUAUGAUUAAGGAAUCUGAAUCUGCUGCAGAAGAAUCAAGUCCUAGUAGUGAGCGUGGUUCUUUAGCGGGCCAUCCUGAUAGAGCAGCACCUCAAGCAAUUGCUGAAGAAGCUUCCAGUUCCCGACCCUCAUCUAUAUCUGAAGAUUUCUCAGUGCAUGUUGACCAUAGACGUCCGGUUGCAAAAGCCAAAACUCCUGAAGAACGUGAAGCAAUAUCUCAGAAGAAGAAAGAUGCCUAUGUCAACUUACUAUCAGAAUUUGACAAAUUGCAAGAAGAGAAAGAACAAAAGGAGGCUUCUUUACGUUCUUACCAAGAAAUAGAUGAUAAAGAAUCAAUAGCAGAAGAGGAAAUAGUCCAAACUUCCAGAGACGAAAUUGACUUCAUCAGUAGUACAGAUCAUCAAGCCACUCAGGCAGCUCCAGGUCGAUUACCAAGUGAAGGAGAUUCUGGCGCCAUUGAUGAUGAAGUAGUUAAGACACCACCCCCUAGCCCUACAGAACAAACAUCAGUCACAGAGGAAACAUAUUAUGAUGAAGAGCAAACUAUGGAAACAACAGAAAUUGAGGAAAUAUAUCAGGUGUCAGAUGAUGGAGAAACGUGGAAAACUAUUCGUAAAGUUACCACAAUUACUCCAGCUGGCACAACAGAAAAAGUCACUGUUCUGAAAGAAGAAAAGAUGCCUCGUGGUGCUAAUAUGGCUGAAGCUGCCGCUAGACUUGCUGCUGUUGGUGCUCAAAAUGUAGAAGAAUCUGACUAUACGAGGGAGACAGAAAGAGCACAAGAUUAUUCCUAUGAUCAACAACAGGUUACAGCCCAGCCGUCUGAAAGCUUCCAAUCAACUGUGGAAGGUGCCAAAUUAACAUACAAGCAAGAUGUCCUGGAUCAAAUGACGAGUCCAACCUCAGACGGUAGCUAUCCAGAAGAACCAUCUUCAGUUCCGGAACCCACAAUGCCUGCUGAUUUUAGAGUCCACGGUGAAUUCGAAUCACCAUCGAGUGAAGGACAAGGCUAUGAUGAUUUUUCGAGUCGUCAGGAGGCAUAUAAGGAUGGGUAUGACCAGUAUGGCGGAACUGAUAUCGAUUCUUAUCAAAUUAACCAAUACAGAGACUCUAACAUUGUCGACAGAGAUACAGAUGUAGACUCCAGAGACACCAAUGUUGACUCUUAUCAAACAGAAUAUAGAGAUACUGACGUAGACGGAGAUCGACAUGGGACCGACAUUGACCGAUAUACCCAACAAGAAUCGGAUACCAUGUAUGAUAGAAUGCCCCAAUAUGGUGAAGAACAUGCUGAUCGACGAGAAGUGUCCUCAGAAAGAGAUGACGAAGGUCUACCUUAUGGAUCAACUGACGAAGUGUUUGAUUCUGCCAUAGAUGGUAACAUCAAGUCUUCUGAAAAAGUCUUAGCUGAUGGCACUGUAGUUAGACGCAAAUCAAUUCGCUCUGUUUCUGGGACAGGUGAUAUCGAGGUAACUGAAAAGGAAGGACCAAUUAAGGAAAUCAAAUCUGUUGAAGAAUCUGAAGAUGUACUGCCCGACGGCACAGUUCACAAGAAACAGUUGGUUCGUCGACACUCCAUUAAACAAAUUACCAGAAGCGUCACCAUUGACGAUGGGGACGAAGAAGUAACCGAGGAAGUAGUACACGUACCAGAUACUAACAUCACUGAUGUCAAAGACGUGCAAGAAUCCGAAAUAGUUCUUGAUGACGGAACUGUCCACAAGAAGCAGCUUGUCAGAAGACACUCACUGAAACACAUAGAGACAAGCAUCACUACAGAUGAUGGUGAUGAAGAAGUCGUACAUGAAGAAGUCGUUUUACCAGGUACCGAACGUACAGAAAUCAUUGAAACAUUUCAGUCGCCUGCAGAAAUGGUCACUAGCAAAGAAAGGGUCGAAGAGGUGCAACCCAGCGGGGAAAUUAUUACUAAGGGCAUCAUCGUAAAUAAAAAGAUCCAUAAACUCAAAACCCGCCACGUAUCGUUCGAUUCUGAUCAGGAAAAGGUUGAACAAGAGUAUGAGGUUGAAGAAGUCAUUCCCGGAACUGUUUCCACAUUUUUGGACGACACUUCCUCUGAAUCCUCUGGUGAAUACUCUGAUAUUGAAGAAGAAGGCGAGGAAGAUAAUGUUAGUGUUGAGGAUCGGGAAGAGAUCCUGGAAGGUGGAACGAUUCAUCAUAUUCAUCAAGUUCGCCACCAUUCGGGAUCAUCUGCUGGCCAAGAUGGCCAUGAAAUUAUUACUUCAACUGAUCGUUUUGAGACAUUCGAGGAACCCGCGCAUCCAGAAAAAGAAAUCUUUAAGCAACCCUCUCGCGAUGAUGGGGGUGAAAUUAGAAAAGUGGCAUUUAGUAGGCAAGUGCACAAACUUAAAACACAUGAAGACUCUUUCGAUUCAGACGGACAUGUGCAGGAUUCUGGUGACUAUGAGAUUGAAGAGGUAAUUCCUGGAACUGUGUCUGCCUUUGUUGAAGGGGGCGACACUGAUUCUGAUGAUGAUAUUUUAGACGAAUUAAGGGUGGACCAAGAGGAGAGUGACUAUGGUUCCAGGUCAAGUAGCAGUGAAAAGCAAACAGUGUCAGUACACCAUGGUUCUUCUGAGGACCAGCAAGAUUGGCGAGAACUUGACGAAACAGGAUUGAAUAAAAGAACAGUAUCGAAAGUAACGUACACACCAAGUUCACCAGGUGUUGAUAAUGACAAUUAUCCCACUAUUACCGUAACAGAAGAUUUCUCCAUACCUUACGACGGAGAUUUCGCCAGUUAUUACGGAGUAAAUACCGAAGCUUACAAUGCACAAGGUAAAACAAUCGAACAAGACAUCAGUCAAGAAAAAUUACAAGCCGACGAUGUUAUAGUGCAAGAAAAAACUGACAUGGUCCAAGAAGAACGAAUUAUUCCCUUCACGACUGAACAUUCAGAGCAAUCACGAACAAUACACACUGACAUAUCUGACAGUCUUUCAUCGCGACAAUCAUAUACACAACACAUUACAGAACAACAUGUAGUCGAAACACAAUCUAUUUCUUACCAGUCGCAAAACCGACAAUUCUCCUCUCAGUCACAAUCUAUGUCCUCGGGCCAAGCGGUGUAUGACGAACCCAGUGAAAUAGAGAUUCAACUGCAUAUGGAUCAAGAACCAGUUACAGAAACAUUCCAACCAGAGGAACUCUUGGUUUCCGAAACAAAAACAAUAACAGAAAUCUAUGACGACGACAUAGAGGAAGCCAAGAGUGCCCAUCCUGACAUUACCGAAUCAAAAAUAACCACUGAAAUCUGUGAUAGUUUACAUAAACCCUAUACCCAAGAACUAAUAACUAGUGAGUCUGCUGAAUUUGUUGAUGCAGCUGCUGAACAAAGGGACCAUAUACUAGAGGAUAGUGAAGAUGAAGAUUGGGAAGUCAUGAGCCGCGGAGAGUUGAAUGAGGAGGAAUUGCAAGCAGCACAAAAUGUGAAUCUGAUGAGUGUUGUCGUUCCAGAUGACAUACAACAAGAACAGGCGGCAUCAGCAGAUAUACCACAGGAACCACAUUACCGCAAAGAGGAAUACCACAUAACAGAGGAUCAAGAAAAAGAAAUUUCAGACUCCGAAGAUGACUUCGUCGAUGUUUCUGAUACUUUGCAAAGAGAAGAAAUUGCUGUUACUGAAAGUAGAGAUGACCUCGACGAUUCUAAACAACAAUUGGAGGAGGAAAAGCAAUCGACACAAGAAGAGAUUGCCAUUGGCCGUGCUGAUCGUUCUGAUGAGAUCGUCGGUGAAUCGCAAUCAUUAGAUAUUGAAGAACUGCAAAAAGUGACAGAGGUACAUGAAUUACAAUUGUCUCGCGGUGAAGCAGAGGAGCAGAGGUCAAUGAAUGAAAAAUUGGAAACAUCACCCGACCAACUUGACCAAACGAUGGAAACUGAGGAAUUCCAAAAAUCGAUUGAAUCAGAAGAAUUCCAAAAAUCGAUUGAAUCAGAAGAAUUCCAAAAAUCGCUCGAAUCUGAAGAAUUUAAAAAAUCACUCGAAUCUGAAGAAUUACAAAAAUCACUCGAAUCUGAAGAAUUACAAAAAUCACUCGAAUCUGAAGAAUUACAAAAAUCAUCCGAAGCUGAAGAAUUUCAAAAAUCUCUUGAAUCUGAAGAAAUUCAAAAAUCACUUGAGUUAGAACAUGUCCAAACAUCUCUGCAACAUGAAGAGCAAAUUGGUGAUGAUGAAGAACAAGAACAAAUAAAAGAAAAGAUCAUCACUAAAGAGGCCAUUGGUGAUUAUGAAGAAAGUCAUCUAAAAGUACAUGACAUUGAAGAGACAACCUCAGUUCAGGAGGAACCGUGUGAUUAUAUCGCCCAUCAAGAAGAUCAAGAAACAUACUUAGAAAAAACACCACUGAAACCAACGGAAGAACUUGCUGAUCCUGUAGCAAAGGAUGCCGAAGAAGAAUUAACAGAUGAAGAAUUGGUAGAAAAGCCUGUCAUACCUACAGAAUCAGUGGUUCAAGAACUGGAAAGACAGAUUGAAGCCACUGGUGCAUUGAGGGAUCCUCUUGAAUCAGAAUUUGCCGAAUAUGAAAGUACACAGGUUAUUGGGGAAGAACGAUCAAGUCAAAUUGAACUAUCCGAGGAAGAGAGAGAAAUCGAACCUUCUGUUAAUCCACCCGAGGAGCUGCUAGAACUGGAAGCAAAAGAUGCCGAAGAAGAAUUGUCUGAUGUUCAAGAUAUGUUCAAGGACAUGCCUACAAAACCAGAACUGCCUGAUGACGAACGUCAGUUCAUCGAACAAGAAAUAAUUGAAGAUGCAAUUCAUAAGGAAGUCAAGGGAGGUUACUUUGAAGAUACAAAAGAAUCAGAUGAAGCAAAGGAAAGAGAAGAUGAAUACGUAGAUGUUCAUGAACAUACCACAGAGCUAGAGGUUCUAGACACAGAAGAUAAAUAUAAACAAGAGGAAGACACAGAACAGAUACAACAUGACGAUAUCGUUGACACGGCACCUCAAAGAGAACUGGAACUGGCAGAGGCUGCUGAUACAGUAGCCCUUGGUUUAUAUAAAACUCAAAGACAUGAAUAUGAGACUAGACAUGAAGUAACAGAGCACACGGAAUCAUCUCGUGCAAUGGAUGAAGAAAUGCAAAAGCAUGAGCAUGUUGAAGGUGAUGACGUGGAACAAGUUAAGCCUAUAGAUAUCCAUGCGAUCGACAGAACGUCGGAUGAAGAAGAGUCUGAUUUUGUGGAUGACAUAGAUAAAACUCAAAUUGAGGAGUCAUUGGGACAUCAACAUCCAGAAGAACAAGCACUUGAAGAAUUUGGUCAGACACAAAUCGACGAAGAAAAAUACAGAGUGAUGCAAGCGGAAAUAGAAGAGAGCCAACAACAUCAAGAAGCUAUACAGACCGGACAAGAAGAGAUAUACCAGCCGGAGUACAAAGAAGGACAACCUGACUUUAUUGAAGAGAAACAACAUCCUGGGGCGAGUCAAGAAGGAGAAGAUGAAGAAGAAGUACAGGAGACUCAAAAAAUGGAAUACAGAGAAUUGAGAGAAGAUUUUCGGGAAUACACUGAGACUAAAGUCAGUUUUGAGGUCACAGAGAAUGUAACUGACACUUACCAAAGUAGUGAGAGACAGGAUCUAGGCGAAUAUGAAAAGCAAUAUCAAAAACCAGGUGAAGAUGACUACGACUCCGAAGACAACUCUAUGAGAGAAAAAGAAGAGUUUGAACAAAUGGAAGCCCAGAUAGAACAGGAAAUGCAAGAAGCUGAGCUGAAAGAAAGACAGCAGAAUGAGACGUUUGCACAAUUAGAACAAGAAGAAGCUGUUACUAGAAAAGAAGAUUUCAUUGAUGCUUUACGCCAAGAAAGUGAAACUGCCGGAGAUGAAUCAUCCGAUGAACAUAUUAUACAAGACAUAACGCCGGACAUAGAAACAGUUGAGCGUCAAGAGGAUUUCAUGACUGAACACUUUCAAAGAUUGUCUUACGAUCAAGCAAUGGACAAUGCAGAUGUUGAAGAAGUCAAAGAAGAAUAUGCGGAAUCUGACUCAACAAAACAGGAUGUGGAUGAUCAUAUGUUUGUACGAUCAGAAAUGGUGACGGAUCUUGACGCAGAUGAUCAGCCAGACUAUGAAGAUCGCGUUCAUGAACAUGCUGAGUUUGAGAAAGUUGAACAGACAGAGCUCACUCAGAGAGAAGAUGAAUUUGAAAUUUGCGAGGAAAAAUAUGAAAUAGUAAAGGAUGAACAAACGAUAGCUCAGCAAUAUAUAGAAUCAUAUGAGACAGUUUCCAAAACAGAGGCUGAUGAGGAUUUGGAAAUUUCGGAAGAAUCGGCUUCAGAAUCUGACGAUGGUUUAGAAAAGGAAAUUGAAAGUAUGGGUUUCAUGGGCGCAGGGGGUCAAUCAUGUGAAGUUCAGCAAAUGGAGAGAGAAGAAAGCUCCGAACGAGAAGUUCCUCUCAUAACAUUUUCCGAAAGCGAAAAAUCCAUGUCUGAGAGCAUAGAAGAUAAGAAUGUGCUUACCGAGAGUAUCGAAGAAAAGCAAGAAUUUGAGCAAGUCGAGGAAAAGAAAUAUGAAGAACCUGAAAAAACACAAGAGGUGGUCGAAUAUUCCAGCCCUCUUGAGCAUGAAUACGUACCCGAGGAUGCUCAAGAGGUGGUUACUCUAGAGGUCAGCCAGGAACCGAUUGAAGAUGUUGUAGAGCAUGAACGCAUCGAUGAAGUUGAAUGUGUUCCUGAAGCUGCUGAUGAAUCAUCAGACACGGAAGAGAAAAUAACUGCAGAAACAGUCAAGAUAUCCGAGACCACAGCCCUAGUAUUUAAACCAGAAUUAUCCAUAGAUAGAGCUGAAUAUUUUACAGAAGAAGAAAGACCUGUUGAUGUCAAGUAUUCAGUAGACAAAGAAGAAGACUUUUCAUCCGAAGAAGAACCACAGGAACAGGAAGUGACAGUUUAUACUGACAGGAAAGAAGAAUUUAUAGAAGAAUCUUUAGAUACAGUUGACGUUGUUGAGCGAGGCCAGAUUGAUGGCGAUGCACCCGGGGAAAUCAUUUCUGAGCAGUCGUGCAUAAUCAACCAAUCGUUAUUUAGCGAAUUUGCAACCACUUCGUCACAAGUAACGGAAACUCAUUAUGCUUCAUCAUCAACUGAAGUUCAGGAUGGCUCAGUCACAUCUUCCGAGAUAGGAAGUCAAAGUAGCCAGGACGUUAUUAACCACAUCGACCAUAGAAUUGAGGCUGAGGACAGAGAUAUCGAGAGGGAUUUUGAGGUAGAGGGACGGGAAUCGGACGUUGACUCCCAACACGAAGACCGACCACCAUCACCUUCUGACUUUACUCUCAUAACUUCCCAAGGUCCAGAAACACUUAUAAAAGAACUUAACCUUACUGACACAUACACCGCACAGGCCGCGUCAAAUAACGAAUUGUCACCUGCUAUUGACCAAGCCCUCAUAGCAAGUCAGGAUUCGGCCGAACUCGAUCGAGCGUUAGCCGACGAUGAAGAUUAUGACUCAGACCAAGAACUUGACGCUGAAGACCUGGAACAAGAUCAGUAUCAUCAAUCAAUGAUUGCAUCCCAAGAUCCAGAGAUGCUUGCUAAGGCGCUUGGGGUCGAUCAACCACAAGGAAUUCCAGAUGUCAUGACACAAUCCCAUGAUCCUGAGUCAUUGGCCAGGGUUUUUGGACAUGAAUACCAAUAUGAAGAAACAGAUAACAGAUAUUUCGAGCAGCUGGACGUCCCACCUUCUCCAUCAGAUUUUACGUUGAUAGCUUCAGCUGAUCAAGAUGGUUUGAAUAGAUCACUGGGGGUUUCUGACACAGAGGAUCAGAUCGAUACCACCUCAAAACACAAAACAGAAUUUGAAUCAGAGUUCACUCAACGACAAAUGGAUGAUCUACUCGGAUCUCCCUAUGAUCUGUCCAAAUCAAGUGAAGUAGCCAUGAUGCAAGGGAAUGACCAAUCUGUUGAUAACACUAUGUCAGCUUUAAGUUCUGAUAAUGGUUAUCGACAGGAACUUAUUGACAAUGAUUACCCACAAGAUGAUGACGAUGACAAAAUACCUGAACCAAUGGUGUCUAGUUUUGAGAAGCUCUAUGAUGGAGUCAAUAUAGAGACAGAAACUCAAUCUGAUUCUGAUCAUACUCAACUCGAUAUUGGAGAUCGAUUUGAUUCUGGGCAGCCAGAUUUACACCUUCAAGAGCUCGGCAGAUCCUCUAGUUAUGAACAUCUUUACGAAAAAGAUGGAAAUAUUCAGAAGGAAGAUGAACAAGUUUUACAAGGUGAUUCUAUUAAGAUUGAAGAGAAAUCCACUUCAUCGGGCUCGGAGGUAGCUCAACUGGAUGACGUAGCAGUAGAGGAAGAUAACUUUAUCCUUUCAAUUAACAAUUCUAUUUCCGUAGAUGCUGAUAUUUGUGAAACCCAGAAAGAAAAAACGGAAGAGACGGAUGUGGAGGAACAGUUUUCUCCCCUUUCGAAGACCUCUUCUGCUAAGCAUGGCUUAACACUUGAUUCUCCAGACACUUUCUCAUAUUCAGAAAACCUCCAUUCUGACGCUAAAUUUGAACAUGAUCCAUGCGCUUCUGUCGAGGAAAAACACGAUCUAGCUUCUGAUGAAUUGGCUGACGACCAAGAAGCCCAUACAGGUGAAGUGCAAUAUAUAGAAGGCACUACCAAAGAUGUACAAGAAGUUUGUGAAUAUGCCAGUACUACAUAUCAAGUAGACACCGAGGUGGUAGUUACUUCCACGGACGAAUUUCUUCUUGAAAAGAUCACUGAAAUUCAUAGUGAAUCUGGAGACCUGGUAGAACCUGUCGAAAUGGAGAGUCUAGGAUUCGUCACAGGGACACAUACUGAAGAAGAUACUGGCAAAUUUGCUGAAGAAAUUCAAGAAUUUGAUGAUGCCGAUGUAGAAAUUGUGCAUGUCGAUCCAAUUGAGGAAAGAGACUUCAAAUCAGCCGCCGAAAAGGUCGUUGAAGAAGAACCAAAAGAGUUUUUGUCUAAAGAUUUGGAAGAAGAACCUGAAUUCGAAUCAGUUGAUGAAAUAAAGCCACUUGAGGUGAUCCGAGAUGAAGAAGUUCUUGAAGAGCACAAAGAAGAACCAUCACAUGAUUUUCUUUAUACUGCUGCUGAAGAAAUUCAAGUUGAAGAAGAAACUUUGGAAUCGACAAAAGAGCUCAUUUCAAUCGAAGAACCAUCUCCCACUGAACCAAUAGAAACUGUUUCCACAGAAAAGCAAACAUUUGACGAAUCACAUGAUUUACUUUACACCGCUGCUGAAGAAAUACAACUUGAUGACGAAACCUUAGAAUCAGCAAAAAAGCUCAUUUCAAUCGACGAAACAUCUCCAGUUGAAGCAAUAGAAACUGUCUCCACAGAACAGGAAACAUUCGACGAAAUUCAAAAAUCACAAAUUCCAGAACAUCUGAGUUUCGAACAGAGUGAUUCAACUGCACGGCCAUUACUUAUGAAGCAAGAUACUAAAGAAAUAUCACCUGAAGAUCUUGAAGAAAAGCCAUUAACGUUUGACUUUCCCGAAGAAGUUGAAGCUAAGAAAAGGCAAUUUCAAUUAGAACAAAGCGAAUUAACUUUUGGCGAAUUUCAAACUAAAUCGACCGAACUUGAGCGUGAAGAUUCGAUACCAUCUGAAUAUGAUAACCAGUCAAUUACGGAGGAGUCUUUGGUAAAAGAGGAAGUUCCCGAAACAUGUGAUGAAGGAGAAUCGAAGGAACCGUGCAGAGAACCAACUAUUCAAGAAGAAUCCACAGAUAUUAUUGACGAGGAGAGUGUUCAUUCCAGCAACGGAUCAGAGGAGCAACUUCAAAGGUCUUCAUCAGAAGAGAGUUCUGACAGGGAAAUUGAAGUUUUUGAUGACACUCUCGGGGAAUACGUCAGAAUACCAUGGGAAAUAGCUCAUCAAUUCAAACGACAAUACUCUCAAUCUUUCAAUGAGCAAGAAAAGAAAUCGUCUUUCCAAUCGGUAAAGUCGAUAGAUAUGGGUACCUUUUAUCGAAGAGAUCGUGAUGAGGAUGAACCUUCGCAAACAAUGGAAUUCGAACAAGAAGACGAUUUAGAUCCAGUCGAAGCGUCAGAGGCAAAAGCAAAACAAAGGGUUACUUUUCAGCUUUAUGAAACCCCAACUUUAGUAACAGAACCAUACGAAUCUGAAGAGGCACAAGUUUCCCCUGAAGAUGAAGAUCAGCUUGAAGACCUAAUGGUUGAUGCUCUUGGAGCACAUGAACCACACGAAGAUAUUAUCGAUGCCCAUACCGAAACAGUAAUUUCGACAAUAAAGCAAAGUAGACAACACGUCAAAGAAGAAAUAAUACAGGAAGAAGCUAAAUACGAGUCUCCAUUUUACACUUCUUCCAAUGACACUUCGGACAUGCUUAUCAACUCUGCGUCCGGUUCUGCUUACACUGGUUUUAAUGAGGUUGACAGAUAUAACCUAGAACAAGACAUGAUGUUAUCAUAUGCCACAGCUCAGUCAGCUCUCGAUGCAUCCCUAGCCCAUUCUUCAGAUAGUAUAUAUUCUUCAGUUGAAAGAGAAAGUGUGGUCAGCAGGGAGUCGAGAAUGGCCCACCAGGAACUGUUAGAUGAAAUGGGCGAUGAAAAGGAUAGAUCUAUAUCCCCGUCUGGUGAGAGUGAAAGUCUUCAGCCCCAUGCUGAAAUUCUUGAAGAGGAUUUUGAAGAACAAGAAGAUGGUCCACAUCAAUUCCCAAUGGCAGUCCAUGCUUUAGGUAAAAGUUUGGCAGAUAACGAAAUAUACGAAUCGUCCGAAACGGAACGAGAUUCUACUGAAGAAAAAUUGUCACCCAUUGAAGAAACACCAACAAUAGGAAUAGGUGCUGAAGAUGACCAAAUAUCAAAACAAGCCGAAAAGAAAGUCACCUUUCAGUCUGACACGUUAUUUGCUCGAUCACAAGAAUUACACAGUGAAGACAUAAAGACAUCUACCUCAUCCUCCGAAAUGUCCAUGGAGCCCACACUUCUGGCCGCAUCAUAUGAUCUGGAUACAGGAAAUGUAUCUCACGUCGUAGCGGCCUAUGAUCUGUCACCCGAUACGAUUGAAAAACAAAUUGUUCCGGGUGCAUCAACUAAAGCUAUCCUCUCUAGUCCAGAUGAUGACGUGUUCGAAACUGAAGGGCCUAUAGCCAGUGAUCAAGAGGAAAUGACUGUAACAUUGACUGAAAUAUCAGAUCAACAAAAGCAAGAUGACGAUGAACUAAGCUCUCCUUUCGAAAUGAUGUCACCAUCAGAGUUGGCAGAAAGUGCUCCAUUGGAUGAAUCAAGUUUCACAGAGGUCAAUGUAGAAGACGUUAUAAUAGACGAUCAACCUGUAAAGGAAUCCCUUUUAAACGGACCCACCGAAGUAGAUUAUGUUCCCGAAUAUGACCAAGAGGUCGUUACAAAACCAGAAGAACAAAUAGAACCAGAGGAACAAAUAGAACCAGAGGAACAAAUAGAACCAGAAGAACAACAGGAAGAAACGACCAACGCAGACAGAAUGGAUGAAACUUAUGCCAUAGUAGACGAACGAGUUGAACACUUCGAAAGUGACGAAGACAUACCUAUUCCAAAAAGCGAUUGCGCUGAAAAGGAAAAUUUACUAUACGCUCCUGCUGGUGAAAAUUUGACUGCUUCUGAACAAACUUUAUAUGGAUUUGAUAUGCCUUCGGAUGAAACUGCAACUCGAUCCCCGGAAAAAGAAUCCCAAAAAGCUGAUAUAGAUCUUGAUUCUGACUUAACCCAACCACCAACUGAGGGCACUUUCCAAACCGACGAAACAACAGAUGAUAAUAACCAAUUUAUCCCAGUACCUAUUGAUAAACAAGACAUGGCUACACCCGAAGAUAUAGCAGAUGAUAAUUAUGAAUUAAGAAGCGAUGAUUUAUACCACGGCAAAAAGGCUCUCGCAUUAGAAAUGACGGAUGAUUAUUUUGCUGACAAAGAAGGGGAUGAACCAGAGUUUAAAGAUGAUGAGCCAGAGGAAGAAUUGCUCUGUCUGGAUGAAAGUAAACCAGAAGAAAUUGAAGAUGAAGAUGGAAGUGUCAAAUCAGACUCAUUGGAAGUUGGUAGUGACAAUGAUGAAGAUAUAGAACGACCCAUUUCUCCAACACCCGAUGCCCAAAAAGAAAGACCACUCUUUUAUGGUGAUACAUCGGCAUCUCAGACACCUGACGUCACUAAAACUCCGGAUAUGAAUAUAGAAGGAUUGGAAAAGGCUGCCUCGGAUUUAGUUGAAAAUAUAUUGCAAGAGGUGAAACAUAAAGUUCAAACCCCUGUUGAUGAAGAUCGUGACCUAAUACAAGUUGAGAAGGAAGAAUCAGAACCAACUGAUGAUGUUAAUCAGUAUCCAACUGAAACUGAAGAGGAAAGAGAAUCAUAUGAUGUCAUUGGGGAUCCAAGAGUACCACCACCAGUUCCUGUUCGAUCACGUUUGUCACAGCAAAUAUCAGAGGACAUUCCUGAAAUAACAGUCACUCAACAUAUGCAUGAAGAGCUUGACGAGGGAGACUUUUCCCAAAUGUAUGCAGAUUCUGCCAAAUCUGUCGAAUGUGUCCCUGAGGAUGAUGACGAGGAUGACAUUGAAAAUCUCCCUGAAACUAUACCCCCAAGUAAGAAAUUUGAUGCCAGUGACGGGUAUAAAGAGGACGACGAAACUGACGACGAAUAUGAAACAGAAGAUCGACCAUUGUUAGUUCGGACCCAAAAACCUGAUGUCAUACCAAGUGAAGAAGAUGACGAAAACCAAACUGAUAAGAACUAUUUUUUAGCUGAAGGCGACCUAGAGUUUGUCCCUGCAACCUUAGAAUUUACUGAUGAUAAAGAUGUAGGGUCAGAUUCUGGGUCAGUUACCCCAGAAGAAGAAUUUUUUCCUUUCGAACCGGACGAGACCAUGAUAGGACACAGUGCAUUGAGUCCUGAGGAACAUGGUGACUCAUCAAGCGUUGACAGCUUUGCUACUGUUGUUCCUGCGUAUGAAGAGGAUGAAGAUGAUUUUUCCGAUGGUGAACACGAAGACAGGCUAGCUGAAAUUGCUUCCAUGACAUCUUCAAUUCAUUCUGAUGUUCAACCCUCUCAUACCAGUGACACUGAAGAAUCGGGCACUGCUGUGGAAGAAACGCCAAAAUGGAUUGAACAAAAAGAAAUAGAAGAAAGAGAGGAGGUCGAAUCGCCGAUAGAUGAUAAUCGUUAUGAAUUCGUUGACAGUAGACAGGCCUUAUCUGUGAUAACAGAAAUUUCUGACGAAGAAAGAUUUGAACUUGUAGAUAAAUACGACAUUGAAUCAGAACUUGGAUCAGACUUUAGACAUUCCCCAGACAGAGUUACCCAAUCUCCCGGAGUCACAACUGGCAAAUUUUUCAGCAAAAGUGGUGAACGAGAUGAUGUAUCUGUGACUUCAUCCUUGUUAGAAUUUGAAAGACUCGAACGAGAAUUCUCCCGGUCUGGUUCUCUUAAUUCUAUUGAUAAUGUGGAUCGAGAGAGUAUUCCUGGUACUGGCAGUCUUCCCGGGUCCGUAGAUGAGAAAAGGUUUUAUGGUAAAAGUAAUGAUAAAGAUGAUGGAUCAACUACCUCCUCGUUAGCCGAAUUCGAAAGGUUAGAAAAACAGACGGCUAACUCUGGUUCCGGAAGCUCGGUCGACAAAGUUACUCCUGAAAGUAAAAGCACUGGAAGCGGAAACGACGGAUCAAUGUCAUCGUUAUCCGAAUUUGAAAGACUUGAGCAAGUUUGCCAAGAAGAAGAGCGUCGUAGCUCCGUAGAAAGCUCCAGCAGGCGAAGCGAAACAUCCUCAAUGGCAUCUUUGGCUGAAUUUGAAACAAUCGAAAGCGAAAUCGUUGCAACAGAAGAGCUAGAAGCAGAAGCUCGCAAAAUUGUCGAUAUCCUCGAAAGUGGAACACUAUUUGACUCUCAAUCCUUCAAACCAGAUCUGGACAAAGACUCAUUAGAUGGACGAGACAGUAUUGAAAGAGAUUCAUUGAGUGAAGGUGAUCCUCAUCAACUUGGAGAUGGUGACUCCCUAGACGGCGACACAUCAGAAAUGACUGACAUGACAUCCAGUGUCAUCUUCGCUGGUCCAGAUCCGAAUUCAACUCAAGCUCUGGAUAAUGAUUCAAUACCUGGAGACAUUGGCGUGAUGCAAAUAUCAACAGACUCAUUGACGUUAGAACAACGUUCUGAGCAUUCACGACAGGAAUCGGGGCCAUUUGAUGUUGAUUCUCUGCAUGAAUACAGUGGAAUUAUGGAAAGGUCAGCAGAUUCGCUGUAUGGUAUUGUGAUGCAAACCUCGGCAGAUAGUUUAGAGUUUAACAACAUGCAAAGAUCCAUAGAUUCUACCCAUGACAUAGUUCACUUACAAUCCAAUGUACCAAAACCAGACACACGAGGUUCUCAAGACUCUCUCCAAGAAAUGCAACGCUCAGCGGAUUCGCUAGAAUUGAGUGCCGGGAAAUCUGACAAAGACUCUCUCCACGGCGGUGAUGAUGUCAUGAAAACGUCCACAGAUUCUCUUGAAAUUCAAGCUGACCAAAGGAACAUUAUGCUGAUGUCUGUUGAAUCUGCUGCCUGGUCCAGUAUGGGAUCUGAUGGUAUGGUCAAAUCUUCAUCACAUAGCGACUCCAGUUUAAUGACAGUCUCUAAUGAAUCUGAUAGUGGAUGCAAAGAUAAAUCUGCCAAAACCGAGGUCCAUGAAACCAUUUAUGAAGAACGUGUAAUUGAGAACUACGAAAGGACUUCAAAAACCCCUAAAUCAAAGGGCACUCACGCCGAGAAAGUGGGCCCAACCAAGAAAUUAAAAACCGAACCUUUCAAAUUCGGCAUGACCGAAGAAGAAAUCGUUCAGCCAUUAUCAACCAAGAUUCCGUAUGAAGAAACCAAAAAAGUUUACACCAUGGUAGAAUGGGAAGAGAUGAAGCGACUCAAAAGAGAAGCCAUGGAAAAAUCAAAUUUAGCGUCACAAACCGAACAAAUCAAAACUUUCGAUACUACCAUAGAAACGCAUGCACCCAGUGUAAGCCAUGUCUCAACUGUCACAUAUGAAACAAGAGGUACUAAUAAUAAUAAUAACCAUUGUCUCAGUAGUGCACUCUGUCUUUUGGUUCAGCAUGCAGUAAUCUCUUUGUUGGGUCAUUUUCUUUUCGAGAAGUUAAUUUGGUUAGCUUUACGUUCUACUCAUUUCCGUUAG